AUGUGACAAACUCUUCCCACUACAACAACUUACAUUAGGCUAUAUUUGAAGUAGACGUUCUUUACUUACGGUACAGCUCAUGUGCUACGGUUUUAAACACAAUUUGAAUAGCUAAUGAUUUUUAUUUAAAUAUGUCAUUCAUUUGCAGCUGAAAUGGGGAAGGUUGAUUUGGUAAAAAAAGAAGCUAGAUCGGUUUCUAAGGAAGACGCUAAAUCAGCAAAUAAAAGACAGCCACCAAAAAAGAAGCCAAUUGUAAAGAAAACAUGGAAGGUUACAGGAAAUGAUUGGAGUGAGGUACAUGGUCUACCUAUUACCAUACGAUAUGAACUUGGUUUAAUUCCAGAGUUAGAGCCUCAAUUCAAAGGCUAUGCAGAUUGCGAAUCGCCUCCUAUGAGCAGUGAUUCUGAGCCUGAGGAGCCAGAGCCUGAAAAGCGCAAACGAAUUCGUCCGCGGAUAAAUGCGUCGCCGGUUGUAUUUUCUGAAUACUGUCUGCGAGCCAGGAAACCUGUCAUCACUGCAACUAAACGAAGAGUUCGACGCCCGUCAAAACCAAAAGUUGAAAGUAAAAAAGAGGUUGUAACUGAUCCGAAAACCGUGAAGAUUACAAGGCCGCCGCGAAGUGGCCCUCAAAAGCAAGAUAACCCAAUUCAACGCCAAACUAAUCAAUCGAAGCUAGACUUAUCGCCGGUUAAAACCACACCAAACCCUCCCAUUCAAAAACCACCAAUCAACACUCCGACAGUCAUCAAUUCAUAUACUGAACAAUUGACUAGCAAUGGACAGUAUCAAGUUGACUUGAAGAAAGUACCGGUGCAUGAAAAUGGCGUUCUAAAUUUUUCAAACACCCAAAUAUGCAGAGAACCUGUGCUUCCACAGAAUACUAUCCCCACAGGAUUAAGUCCAUGUACAACCCCCGGUUGCCUCUGUUAUUGCAUGGGAUGCUUUGCUAAUGAUGGACAAUAUUACACGCCAAGUUAUAGCUCAACAAACCUAGGUUGCUAUAGUUUGUGUAAAAGUGAUCCUACUGGAAAUACCUCCAGUGAAAUUGACAUUCAAAAUAAUGUGAGUGAGAAUUGUUGUAAUUGUAUCAGUUGCACUACCGGAAUGGCCUCUUUUCAAAGAAGUAAUGUCAUUGAGAAAAUGACCCACAGCAGUCUACCACAGACUGUCACGUCUGCGCCGAUGUCAUACCGGAAUGGAAAUGAUUCUCACAGGUACACAAAUACGGUGCGAUAUGAUUACUUGUACAGUAGGCCUACUAGCAGUGCAUAUAAUGGAAGUAUUCCACAUACAGCAGGCACAAAUGAUAGUGAAGCAUCACCGAAAACAUAUUUCAAUCUGUCAGAUGUAACAGUCAACUAUCCCAUUCAGAGUGCAGUGAAAAUUACGAGUUCUUCAGACAACAUUUUCAAGAAACCUGUAUCAUUGGCCAACGCUACAAUAUUGAAUCGAAAACCAGUUUCUAAUAUCAUUAGUAAACCAUCGAUGAGUAAUGGAAGAUUGAAUAAUUUUAGCAACAAAUGGGAUUUGUCGAAGUCAAGAGUGCCCGGGUCUUCAACACCUACCAAAUUCUACAAGCUCUCUGACGUGAAGCCAGGCAGGCUCCAACAAGUGGAGAUGCCUAUAAUCGACUUAUGCACGGAGAAAGAAGAGGUUUGCAACCUGCCAUUACGCUACCAAGAAAUCGACUGGGUGAAAAAGGAAGACGAUGAAGAAAAAAACGAAGGUGUAGUUAAGCAGGAGCAAGGCAAGGAAUUCACUUGCCCCUAUUGCAGUAAGAGUUUCGACCGCCUGUGGGUGCUGAAAGGUCAUACGCGGCUACACACUGGCGAACGCCCCUUCCAUUGUCCUGUGUGCAAUAAGGCGUUUUCGGAUAGAUCUAACUUGAGAGCACACCAACGCACUCGCAACCAUCACACCUGGGAAUGGAAAUGUUCAGAAUGUGGUAAAGCCUUCUCCCAGCGGCGUUACAUGGAGAGGCAUCGCGCAGACGCAUGUGCUAAGUACAAGCUAAACGUUCGAUCUCAACUACAGCCCAUCAAUAUGAGCCUUUUCCGAAAGUGACUCCUCCACUACACCGUUUUUAUCACCUACACAUAUCCAGAUUGGACAUAAUUUCUGACUAUUGAGUAGUACUGUAUUAAUAGAAUUUCUGAUAAAUUAGUUUUUAAGCCUGCAUUUGUAAAAGUUAUUUUUGUAUAGCCUUUAGCUACCUGUUUGAGAUCAAGUUGUAAUGAAAAUCUGUACUACUGUACUGUUUCUAAAGAUUGUACUGUACUAUACCGAUUGUACUAUUUCUAAAGAUUGUACUAUUCUACACCGAUUGUACUGAUAAUACGUACUGUACCAAUAUUCUAUAGUUCUUACAAUUCUGAUUAAUUCUUAGAUUUUUAAGGAGUGAAAUGAAAGAUUUCAAAGUUUGAAUUCCAAGUACUGAUUUCAGAUUAACUAGAAAGGCUUGACUGUUUUAUAAGAAAACAUUAUUUUAGAGGUACCAUUAUGUUGAAUACUCAAAUGAUAUUAAGUCCAAUACAAUAGCCUGCUUUUAUAUUUUUAAACUCUGAUUAAGCAUUUGAAGAAACUCAAUGAACGUUAGGUUAUUAAUAUGAGGUGGAGAAAAAGUAAUUGAAUAAUACACUAUGCAAUUGUACGAGAAGUGCACUUGAAAUAAAUAGAUUUU